UUAGCCAAUGAUUGUAGAGUGUAAAAAGUGUGGGUAUCUAGUAAAGUGGCAUGUACACAGUAUAUACACUACUAGCUGGUUUGGAAAUAGUUUUCCAUUGCAGGAUGCUCUUUUAAUAGCAUACAUUACACUAAGAUCUGGUGUGAGGCAUGAAGGAGAACAUGUCAUUUGGGAUACAUAGAGAUACAGAUAGUGAACUGUGAAUUCAGAAUAACGGGAGGCAGAAAGGGAGGCAGGGUGAGAGGCCCGAGAGAUUGGGAAAGAGAAAAAGAGAGAGAGAGAGGCUGUGCUCUUAGCAGAUACUGUUAGCUGUUGCUGUCUGUUUAAACUCUCUGGCUCCUCCCAUCACGACUGGUGAGAGAGGGAGAGACAGAGGGAGAGAAAGAGAGCGAGAGUCGUUUCUGGCAGCCACCUGAGCCACUCGAUAAACUCCUGCUCCUAGCAACCCACAUCCGCCAGUGAGUGAGGGGGUGAGAGGAAGGGAUGGAGAGAGAGUGUCGAGUGAGAGACAGAUAGAAAGAGAGAGAGAGUGAGAGAGAGUGUGAGAGAGAGGAUGAUUGUGUGUGUAUGUAUGUGUGUGUGAGCUACAGGGCUCACACAUUAAGGCAGAGGGUACAUCUCUUCUUCAGACCCAGGCUGUCGUCACGGAUAAGGGGAGGCGUCGCCGUAGAGACGGAGGCAGCAGCGGCAGCCUCAACACCCUGGAUCAGCCUUCACCGCAGCAACGCAAGCUUCCUCGAGGACGGGAUUCCCAGGGUUCUAAUCUUGUUCAUCUUCUUCAUCUUCAUGUGCCUUGUCUUCUUCUUCCUCUUCUCCUCUUGCUGAUGGAUGGAAUUCUCCUGCUGGCUGGAAAGACAGAGAGGUGCCAUGUGACGAGUGAAUGGUCCUCUCCUCUUAAUCACCCUCGGGGAGCAGAUAUGGGAUUUACCUCCUCUGGCCACUUCUGAAAAAAAAAAAAGGGAAAAAAAGAACAGAAAAAGAACAGCAAUUCCCCUGAGGGAAACAGUUUCCACGUGGACUGGAUGUCAUUCACUUUUAGAUGGAAUUGAAUUGACAACAACAAUUUGAAGUGUUUUCUAAAGAAUUUGGAAAUCCAGUUCCAUCACCAUGAGGAGAGGCUUUAGAAGAGAUCAAGGGUCAAGGAUAUGCUAAUGGUGCUCAAGGCUGGAGUGGGAUUCACAUGUCAUUGUCCAAAAAGUCUUCAUCAUACUCAGAGGGCUCCCACUGUACAUACAUCAACCUCAGAGGGCUCCCAUUAUUCCGUGUACCUGGAUCAAACCUUUCAGCACUUUCUCGGAUUUAAGACAUUUUAAAUGACUCCUACGUUCUCCUCUCUACUGUCCUCUUCCUGCGGAGCUCUUGGACAUCCCACAGUGCUGUGCAGGAGGAGGCUUGCGCACAGGCCCCACCAGCUUUCCUGGUUCUGCGGGUGUUUUUAAGAUGUUGGAGCCUGCCUGCGUGGCCCGAGCCCGAGAUCGGAUCAGUGAUCGGAUCAGUAGCACUGCGGCUCCUGGUGGCCCCAGACAUGGGCCGCGGCUCGGCCUGCCCCCGCGCUCAGCCCUCCGCCCACCCACCCCUGCUCCGUCUGUGAAGGAUGUCCAAGAGUCGAGCUCCUGCCCAGGAACCCUCUGAGAUCCCCAGCCAGAGAGAGCGCAUCCGCAGCCACAUGAAGAUGGUGAUAGAGCAGCUGGAAGGCAUUCUCAUAGAGCUCAAAGAUGUGGCCAAAGAGCUGCGGGAGGUGGUGGGUCAGAUCGACAAGCUCACAGCGGACUUUGACUUCGACCCAGAGCCAGAUGAAUGGACAGUGGCAACAGCGAGCAGCACAUCGAGUAGUGAACGUGGCCUCACUGAGGCCUUCAGGCUCGACUUCCUCAGCCACGAUGUGCUUUCCGACGCCUGGGAUUUCUGCGGCUAUCGCAAAAUGGCUCGGGAAGAAGAUGAGUUGCUGGAAGAGGAAGAGCCGGGGAGCUCUGCCUCGGCCACACCUACACCCAUGGUCAACACAUAUUCGCAGAUGAACGGUGGUCUCCCAAUCCCCAACGGACCUCUGAUGGUCACUCCGGACUCUUCCAGCGAGGAGGCAUCAAGUUCCACGCACAGUCAGAAAACAUCACGCACCUCCGGGACGAGAGAACGGGUUCGCUUCAGCGACAAGGUCCUCUACCAUGCACUUUGCUGCGAUGAUGACGAUGAAGAUGAACCAGAGGAGGAGGAAGGAGGAGAGGAUGAAGAUAAAGUGGACUGCGGGAUGCCAGACACAGACAGCGAGCCGAGCCCUCUGGCUUCUUCGCCUAUCCCUCCUCUCUCAUCCUCCAAGUGCUCAACCACUCUUCACAAAUGGCGGGAAACCUCUUCGGCGGGACCAUCGCCCGUUAAGAUGGCCAUGCUCGGGCCACACACGCUGCCUAGGAAGGGUCCAUUAAAAGCAGGCAGCAGGAAAAAACUGCUGCGCAACAGCAGCACUCAGACAGUAUCAGACAAAAGCACGCAAACAGUAUUGCCAUACAUCCCAGCGAAACAGAAAAGCAAAGAGCCCUAAGGAGAACUUUAACAGAAAAAGCAAAGCAAACUGAAAGAAUACUAGAGUGACCCUAUACUAUUUAAUAUCAAAUACAUAGAUACUAGAUUAAGACACAAAUUAAUAAAUGAAUUACUAAAUAAAUAAAUAAUAUAUGGGAAAACAGUCUGACUUUGAAGUCAUUCUACAGCUCAGGAAGUAAGCAAUGGUCCAAUUUUAAGACAUAGUACACACUUUUGUGGAAAGAAUCUCAUGUUUUGAUUCAAUAAUCUUCAUAUACCUAUAAAGGUCCUCUACAACUAUGCCUGCUAUGCAUCAUGAAUAAUUGGGAGUCAUGCUUAAAAGGCAUUUUCAGAGUUGGGUUCUGCAUGUCUAGUGAGGAAUUAAUACUGAAAUUGUGCACGUUGCUAUUCAGAUCUCAGAGAUAACUACUACGAAAGACUACUCACAACAAUUAAGCCAUUUUGUUAAUCCAAAUUUGCAGUUAUUAAUAUGAUUAUUAUAACUAGACUACUCAAGCAGCAUACUACUCAUGGCAGUGUACUAGACUCCUAUCAAAUGUUUAUUUCAAUGCUUGUCAUUUUCUCAUGCAUAUACCAUCAUAUUUAUAUUUGUUUUUUUGUUUGUUUGUUUUUCAUUUUUAUUCAUCUACUGUUUUUAUGUUGUAUUUUAAUGUAUGACAUUUUACAGUGGAGAAAAACGUCAUAUUCUCCAUUCCACAUUUUCUAGAAACGAUUUUUUGGGUUUAAAGGCAACCCCAAUGGAUAACCCCAUUUCAAAUGGUUCUACUCAAGAAAAGUCUGGUAACCUUUAAGAUGCCAAUUGAACGCAAGUAGUUUUAAUUAUUUCAGUGGUCCACCUAGAAAAUCACCUUAAGUACCAAAGUAACCUGAUUCUAAACACGAGUAACUUUUCCUACAUAAAUAUUGGCAUACUGUAUCAUUUAACCUUCUCUGAAUACAACCCAUACUGCACAACUCGGUAUAAUGCACUUUUUUAUUUUUAAAUUUUAAGUGGUCAUACUUAGCUGUCAUCUAACAAGUAUGUAUAUCAUUGGUAUUAUGCACACUGAGCAUAUUGCAGUAUAUUAUCCUGAGCACGGAAAUAUGAAAAGCAAGCUGACCUUAGACCAUUGCUUUUGCCCUUGUUUUUUUUUUUUUAUAAACCAUCCCAGUAAUUAAUCCCUUCAUCUACAGCUGAGUUUCAAAGUGGUUAGAGGGGUGAAAAACUGUAUUUUUGAGUGCGUCCUCUCCUCUGUGACAUUUAGCCACCAUCACCCCCCCCCCACACACACACACACACACACCCCCGUCCUCUCCAUGAAGUAGUAGGCCAAGGUUGUUGGGGGUGAUGACUUAAAACCCAGAGCACAAAGCUGAGAUGCAAAAGGUUAUGUCUGUCCAUUUGGAGGCCCAGUGGGGAGUUGCGACUCAAUAGUACUGUGUUUUAUUCACAGGGAUGAUGCCAAUAGCGUCCAAUCGAUAGCGUUGGUUCAAGGCCCAGCGAGUGGGCUUCUACUCUGUGUGCACAGAGAUUCUUUAACAAAACCCACCUCUCUGUCAGAGAGCUUGGUAUUUAAUCUAUGGGAGGAAAACGAUCUGGAAGUGAGAAAUAGUGAGACAGUGAGAAAAAGUGAGAAACAGAGAGAGAGGCUGGAGAAUACUAUAAAUGAAGGGCAAAGUAGCCCUUUAAAGGAACAUUUGAAGACAGAUUGGUCUUAAUUACCCCGCCCAAACAUGAUCAUUUGUUACCCAAUCACCUAGUGCUGAAUCAUCUCCCAGAGGCAUGGGAAAGGCACUUGGUUCUCCUCAGUGAUCUAUAAGAAUGAGCUCCGUCUUAAAGGGUUUUAUGGAGGCAGAUUUCACCACUCAGCAGAGGUAGAGGAGUGUCCUAACUUUUGAGCCAACCCAAAAUAACUGUUUUUAAUUUAAUCAGUUAUGGAAAAAAUCUGAAUUUCCAUUGCCAUGGGUUAUCAAUUGAAACUCUAGGUAAACUCAUUGAACUUCCAUGGCUCCUAUGUGAUCAUGUAGGAAAAUCUAUGCUACACCCACUUAUGAAAGACUAUGAAAGACCUAGAGUGUGUU